UCAUUAGAGAGAAAUGAAGGUGGUAGGGGUUCGAAACCCCUUUUGGGUGUGCCGCACUGGACACGGUCAAGACACGGCUCCGCACUCUCCCAUCCUAAACCCUAGACUAACCCUAUAUCUUUUCACGUUUUCUUCUCUUUGGCGCCGCACUCUCCCAUUCUGCAAUCUCCGCUUCUCGACUUGGCUUUCUUGCACUCUCUACCCUUCCGCUUUCAUCUCAUGCUCGAUUUCCCUUGUUCAGUUCUUUCGCAGCCAAAUAGACAUAUCUAGACUAGUUCUGUCCAACUCUCAAACAGUUACAGCUUUGCCUCUUCUUCUCUGUCACUGUAAGUUGUGGGAGCCUUGAACUUCAAAUCCAUCUAAGCUUUUGAAUUUGCUCUGAAGAAACAGCAGCAAGAUCAGCAUAUUUGACAAGACCUAUGAAAUUAAACACUGCCGGCUCUCUUUCCUUUGAGAAUAAUUAAACACCGCCGGCUCUCUUUCCUCGUAUUUUGAGAAGUAUAUAUUUAAAGUUUUGUUAACCGGAAGCGUUGGUUGUGGUGGAUCAAGUCGGAUCGACGCAGAUGGAACAAAAUCAAAUGGAAUUGGAUCGCUACCCAGCGAUGAAGCGGAUUCUAGACGAGUAUUGUGAGAUUGAAUCCAAACCCUCUGACGAUCGAGUCGGAUCGACGCAGAUCGAACAAAAUCAAAGGGAAUUGGAUCGCUACCCAGCGACGAAGCGGAUUCGUGAGUUUGAAUCCAAACCCUCCGACGUUCGAGUUGGAUCGACGCAGAUCGAACAAAAUCAAAUGGCAUUGGAUCGCUACCAAGCGAUGAAGCGGAUUCGUGAGAUUGAAUCCAUACCCUACAAUCCCUACAAUCCAGUCAAGCGUCAGGUCGAAGAGCUGAGGCUGUACCUUUUAGAGGAGUAUAGAGCGAUUCAAUCCAAUCCCUCCGACGAUUUUUACUGCCGCACGCUCGAGCGGAACCCAUAUGAAUGGCAAUUUGGAAUCAGAGGCGCUAGUGGAACUGAAUUCGAGGGUGGGAUUUAUCAUGGGCGGAUGCAGUUUCCGAAGGAGUACCCAUCCAAGCCUCCUUCAUUCACGCUUUUGACGGAAAAUGGUCGCUUCAAAACCCACAACAAGAUCAGGAUAAGGCGACUGAAUGAUUGGCAGCCAUCAUGGGGGGUGCGAGAUGCUUUAUAUGCACUUAUCGAUGAAAUGCCCACCUAUCCAGAUGGUGAAUUGGGUUCAGUAGAAUACAAUAAGGAAGAAAGGCGUGAUCUGGCCAUCAAAUCUCGUGCAGCAGCCCCAAAAUAUGGCACUUCUGAACGUCAGAAGUUAAUUGAUGAUAUUCAUAAAUAUCUGCUAAGCAAGUCACCACCUGUUCCUGUUCCCCACCUGAGCCCCUCACAGGCCUCCAACGGGACAGGCGGCAUCUAUGUCGUCAACGGCGGCAAUAUCGUCAGUGGGAAUACAUUUCAUGCUAACAAUUCCAAGGGGGUAGGAAUUUUGGAUUCUAUGAAUGCCUUCUCCGACGAAGGCCACAAGCUUUUACGUCCUUCUUGGCUAAAACUUUUUUGGUGAAGAAAGCAAAACUAGACGGCUGCGAACACGACCAAGAGUGAUGAACUGAGGUGAUAAUGUCUGCAGCGUAGCUUCUGUCCUGUAGCUGUAGUAGUAAAUUGAAAUUGAAAAUGUGCAUUAUAGUUUAAUGAAUAUUCUUGUUUAUUCUUCUUUCAUAUCAAAGUUAAAACCUCUCUGCUUCUAGUUAAUGAAUACACAAGGCCUUAUUUCGAUGGAUCCAAGUAGAAAAA